AUGAAUGACUUUCCUGUUACUUAUCUCAACUUCAAUCAGGACUUGACAUGUGUUGCACUCGGCUUGAAGACAGGAUACAAGAUUGUCAACGUGGAACAGAAAUUUGGUCGAUGUUGUUCCUACAAGGAUGAUAGUGUCAACAUAAUAGAAAUGCUUUAUACCACUUCAUUAAUAGCAAUUACGCCACUCGGUAACGAGAUUGGAUCAUCACCUAGGGAAUUAAAGAUUAAAAAUACCAAGACAAAUAGUACAAUAUGUUCGUUGUUUUUCCCAACGUCUAUACUAAAUAUCAAAUUAACUACUGAUUAUCUCAUUGUGGUUUUGGAAACACAGCUAUAUAUAUACGAAAUUAAAACUAUGAAGCUACUCCAAACGGUAAAGACCAAUUCAAAUCCACAGGGGCUAUGCACAGUGUCGUAUGACGCAAACCAUUGCUUAUUGGCAUAUCCUUCUCCACCUAGUGCUGCCGAAACACUUUCAAAUCUUCACAACAGUCAUCAUCAAAACAAGUCUAGUUCAAAUAAGUCCACCGGAAAUGCCAUAUCUGAUAAGGGUGAUUUAAUUGUCUUCAAUAUAAACAAGUUUCUUCCAAUCAUGGCGAUAAGUGCUCAUAAGAAUGAUAUCGCCGCAAUGAGUUUUUCAAGUGAUGGGUCACUUAUUGCCACUGCAUCUGAUAAAGGUACAAUUGUGCGAGUGUUUGAUACAAAUACUGGGGUUAAAUUGUUUCAAUUUCGCAGGGGAUCGUACCCCACAAAAAUUUAUUCCUUGCAAUUUAGCAACGAUAACAAGUAUGUUUUAGCCACAAGCUCGAGUCUAACAGUGCAUGUCUUUAGAUUGGGCGAGGAAGAAGCGUUGGAGAAUAAACAGAAAAAGAAAAUUAAAACGAUUGCAGAAGAACCCGAGACUGAACAAGUGGGAGAUGAAGAUGAUGACUCGGAUGAUAUGGGAGAAAACAUGGAGGUAGAUGAGGAUGAAGAAGAGGCAGAGAUACCUUCGAAACAGAGAAAGCUUUCUCAAAGUUCGUCAAAUUCGUUCAACAGUGUCAACUCGGAGGAUACCAAUGCUCCAAUUGUUGAUCAGAAUAGGCUUUCCGUUGCUAGAUUAAUUAGACGGUCCUCACAAACCUUGGGUCGAAAGGCAGCACAGAAAAUGGGUGAUUAUUUGCCAUCCAGGUUCUCGUCCAUUUUGGAACCAACGAGACACUUUGCUUCCAUAAAGAUUGAUGCAAAGAACAAAGAUUUAAAGUCAAUUGCAAUGAUAAACAAUGAGAGUACUGGACAAGAAUCACUUUCGCUAAACCAAGUGGAUGGUAAAGAAUUGGAUCAUCUUUUGCAUGUUAAUGUCGUCACGUCGGAGGGAAUCUUGUACAUAUACGGACUAGAUCAGGAACGUGGGGGUGAUUGCAUAUUGCUAAACCAGUAUAGUUUGAUAGAAGAGUAG